AUGAAUGACAUGCACAUGCAGCAGUAUUACAUGGACAAAAUUAAGAAGAAUAUAAGUCAAAUAAAAAAGUCGAAGAACAUAAAUUUGCCACAAAAUGUACACGAAGGAAAUUUCAACCUAAGUGAGAACUACCAUACAAAUCAUAUCGAUGGACAGCAGCACAGAUGUAACGGGAGGAACGACAUACUUUUUAGCGAGAAUAGGGAUCAUGUCAGAAUUUGUUAUGAUAACAAUUUGAGACGGAACCAGGAGGUACCCUGGGGAAAAGCGCCAAUUCACUCUGAGUACAACGUCACGGGUGAUACCAAUUUUUACGAUAAUUAUGUCAUGGAUUACAAUAAUGAAAUGUACACAAAUGACCACCCAUAUGAAUCAUAUGGAUGUAGCAAUGGACAAACAGGUUAUGUGGAUGAAAAUGUUAUAUGGGAUGAAAAAUUAAAACAAUAUAAGCCGACUCACGUUACUUCGCCUAGUUUUGUGUACACCCCAAAUAACAUUGCAGUGCAAAAUGGAAGUGACAUCCAUGGCGGGAUAAUCGACACACAGUGUUUCUAUAACUCCUGUGUAAACAAAACGAAGCUUAUAAGUAAUGGGGAAGUUAAAAAAGUAGCGAGUAGUGUCAGUGCUCCUUAUGAGACAUCAGAACCUCAUAACAGGGGGAAGCUGCAUAUAGUUAGUAACUCCCUGUGUACGAACAACCAUCAUCUUAAUACAUUCUUCGAUGAACACAUGUGCAACAGUAGCAGCAUUCCCUUUUCGAACUGUGUUAGAAAUGUUAGCAGUACGUCCUGCUAUGAAAGAGGAGGGAGCACAAAAUGUGGGGUUACACAAAAGGAUUACGACACGUAUGGGCAUCUCCAUCAGAGUGGGCAUAUUGUCUACACCAACUGUUCUAAUCAUAUAUUAGGGGGCAACAGGAGGAACUACACGGGGAAUCUGCCCAACAAUGUUAUGAUGAAUGUGGAUUGUUCUGGGCACAGUUGUGCUGGUAGAGGCAUUUUCCGAGAUGCUUCCCUAGGGAGCUGUAUACGAAGAGAUGCACUUAACAAAGGAAUGGUAACAGGUGGUGAAAUAAAAACUGCUGUGUGUUGCUUAGCCGGAAUUAGCAAUUCUGAUAGGAGGAAGCAGCCCACACCAAAUAGUGAUGAGUCACUAAAAAAUGUUGUGCGCUCUCAAGGCAGUAAAAUCCAUGUAGGCUUCCCAAGACAUAAAGAUGUAGUAAAGGAAUGGUUAAAAAAUCCCAUUGAGCUUAUAUACAAAAAACCCAGGGUAAAUUCAAACCGAGCACACUGCGCAGAAGUUGGACGGGUGCACUCUGGUGUGGCUUCACAGGAGCGAAGCGACUUAUUAAGACAGAAAAAAGUUUCGAACCCUAGUAUCGAUGAUAAUGAUGGCAACGUUUUAGGGGUAAAUUCACACCGUUGUUUAGGUGGAUGCUUUGCAAAGAAGGAACUGCCAUUUAUGUCGAACAAAAAAAGCAUCUCGUCGACUCGGCUUCAAGAACCUCACGUGUUCUACCCUAAAAAGGUUAGUUCUCUGAAUGCGAACGCGGGUUGUAGAAAUAACCAAUGCGUGGGGGGUAGACAGGACAGUGCCAUAGCGCCCAAUGUGUUGUGCUUGGGCAUGCUUGGAAAGACUCCACAAACAGCAGCGUCACAUAAUGGAGCCUCCCAAAACAACGUGCUAGAGCAUAAUGAGCAUUUCAUGAGCUCCUUUCGCACAGUGGAUCAAAGUCAGGAUGACAGGGGGGAUAGAAAAUCUAUAGAGAAAAAAGAUAACCACAUAGUGUGCAGCCAGCAAGGGAAGAGGAGCUGCCUUAAUUUCCCACUUCAAGGGAUAAGCGUUUGUAUGUCAAAAAGGGGAUGUAGCCAAAACGAGCCCUACGAAGGUGGAAAUGUAGGGAAGCAUAAAUUAGACAUUGUGCACAAUGCGCCUAAGCAGGACGACAUUUCAUAUGUGGAAGAGUCCAAUUUGGACCCUAUGAAUAGGCAUAUCCUCAAGGGGGACGAUUCUUUGUGUGACACAUCUUUCUCUACUUUGGGGACAAAAAACGACAGUGACAACAGGUUAAAUAUGAAAUUAAUGGAUAACCACUUCCCCCCUCCCUGUGUUAACUGUAUUAAUAAAUCCGAUCUAACGUUGGGGGAGAUGAAAUAUGUGCAGGCAGAAAAGCCCACUACGGUCCUUUACAAAGAGUCGAAUGGGAGAGCGGUAGACAAGGUGUGUAACAUAAAUGGGAUGAGCGAGUUAGGGGUGGAAAUAAAGAGUGCCCCCUUGGUGGAAGAGACGAAUAAAGGCAAGGUCCCCCAAACCCCCCCAACCGCAGAGGUACACAUGACACCGGUACAAAAUGUAGAAGCAAACUGUACGGACUACGAGGAUGAGCACGAUGGAAUGGAGAACAAAAAGACCAUGUAUGAUGAUAAAGUGACAAACGAGCAAGACACCCUGUUGGAGAAUUCUAAAUAUGAUGAGGCCGCUAAUGUUGGGGAGAAGCAUCAAGGGACAUAUGAAGGAAGUAACUUCAACUACAUCGAGGAUGAUGGUAUAAAAGGGGAGGAGAAGAAAAAACUGGAGAAGAAACUGCACCAGUACUUUAGGAAGGAAGGGUUCUUAAGGCCAUCCUCUAAUUCGCUCCCCCACGAUUCGGAAAAGGGGGGAAAGAUAGAACAGCAUGAAGGGGAUGAGCCGGGGAAAAAGAGCGAAAAGCAAAAAAGGGACCAACCGAGCGAAAACGACUUGACCUCCUUCCUCAAAAGGGUGAGAAACAACUCGGCCCUGCACCCCAGCAACAGGAAGUCGUCUAUCACGGAGGACUCCCAAAUGGAGAAUUACGAUAUAUCCUCCAGUAGCGUUGACAUAUUUGACGACAAGGAGAUAAAGGAAGUUUUCGAGGAAGUGACAAUAAAUAGGAGUGUAAAAAGUAGCUUUUGCAUCAGCAGGGAUGAACAUGAGGGGCCUCGGAAGGUGAGCAUGGAGCUGGCGCGGGAUUGCCGAGAAGGCGAGAUAAUACACGAUUCUGCCAGCGCCAAGGGGAAAAGGAAAAGAAGAGGAAAAAGAAGCCUCCCCAGUUUAGAACACCUAUUUUGUAAAAACAAAAAUUUAUUAUUCAUAGAGUUGUUACGGAGCAUGAAAGGGAAAGAGGAGGAGAAAAAAAAAGGGAAGAAGAAGGAGAAUGCGUUAGAAAGUAAACUAAAUCAGAUAAUGUUACCCACCUCUGAAAAGGAGAGAAAUUUAAUAGAUAAAAUAAUUUACUGUCUAGACCCAUCAUAUGUGAACGACACGGUGGAUGAAGCAGAUAAAUGGAGGCAGAAGCUGACCUACAUGCGUGAUAAGUUUGUUGAGUGCAUAUUAUGUGUGUCUUAUCCGAUCCACCUAUGGAAUGAAGAAACGUUUGAGGGUUAUUUGAAGUCGCUUAAUUUGAAUGCACUCUUUGACGACACGUUCAUAAAGUAUGAAAGUGACCUACACAUUGAUUUAUUUCAUCUUGAGGAGGAGCUAUUUUCAGACGUGGGAAAUAUUGGAGAGGGGGGAUUUGGGGUGGUAACAAAAAUGAGGUUCUUAUCUAAUCCCCAAUAUUAUGCAAUAAAAAAAAUAUCGAAAGAACACAUUAUAAAAUCUCAGGCAGCUGGACAAACUUACCUAGAGGCGAAGUACCACUCUGUGUUGAGUCAUGUAAAUAUAAUUAAAAUGUAUGGAUGCAUGCAAGACAAUGAUUUCAUUUACCACGUGUUGGAAUACUGUGCGAAGGGAAGUAUCUAUUCCAUAUCGAAAAAUUUUAAGAGAAGAAUAAUCCCUGAUGAGUUGGCUUAUAAAUAUUUUUGUCAUGUAGUGAAUGGAUUGUAUUACUUAAAUCAGAUGGGGAUUUUUCAUCGGGACAUAAAAAUGGAAAAUGUCCUGGUGGAUCAUAUGGACAAUGCAAAAUUGUCUGAUUUUGGUUUGUCCGCCAUGAUUUUAGGAACGAGGAGUCAUUCUGCUUUGUGUGGAACAUUAGUUUAUUUUUCUCCAGAAAUUACAAGUGGGUCUGGAUAUGACUGGAGGUCUGACAUUUGGUCUUUAGGCGUUUUGCUCUACGAAAUGUUAGUUGGGGAUGUGCCAUUUGAUGGUACAAAAACGCAAAUAAUAAAUUCUAUCUUUUCAUGUAAUUUAAAAUUUCCAGACUUCGUCAACCCAUUAGCAAUUAAUUUGAUAAAGAAGGCUUUGGUGGUAGAUGUGAAUAAGCGCAUUAAGUUGUGUGACAUAUCGUCUGACCCAUGGAUGCAGGAAAUGUGGAAAUUGUCUUUUCAGAAAGGGCUGAUAGGGAAUGCAGAUUCGUGUUAUAGCAGGAAGGAUGACAGUGGUGAUUUUAAUUUCAUAGGUUCUUUGUUAAAGGCUCAGUGCUUCUCAAAAAGCAGUCUGAACGCAUCGCUAAGUUACCCCAUUAGAGGGCGCGAAGGGGAUAAGAAGCAGAUGAAGUUGAGCCGGGAGGAUGUCCUCGCAGAUGCAGAGAAUGACAACGUGGAUGCACUUAUCUUGGAGACACAACAAAAAUUAGCAGAAUAUUUAAAAGUCGAAAAUUUUUACGUGAAUGAAGAGAAUGUUCCCAGUUCAGAUGGCAUGAGUUCUCACCAAUCGGAAGCGUCUUUCUCCCAAAUCAGCGACUCUUCCGGGGGUGCUAAGCAGGAAGUGGCGGUCGGGGGAGACAGUCCUGACGCCGACCAAUCUGCUGAAUGCGAUGUGAGAACAUCGAAGGACCUUUCUGGGAACGUCCAAGAGGGAAGUAGGACCAGCGUCCUAUCAGGCGCCCCUCAUGAGGAUCAAUCCGUCACAAAUGAGCCACAAUGCAGCAGUGAAUCUACCCCCCUGGAGGGCAUCACUCAGGGGAGUGUCUACCCAAAGGCUACGAGCAGUUCGUGCGGCUCAAUUAUGGAGAACGGCGACAGUAGUAGUUACGAUGAUCCAUGUUUGAAGGGGCUCAACUGGAAAACACAAUCCAAUCAGUCCAACGCAGCAGAGGAAGCCGAACUGGUUUAUUCCUCAGAGAGUGUACGCUCCAAUACGAAUCAGUGUGAUGAUGUGUCUAGUGCACCUUGUGUUGAGAAAAAGUGCAGCGAGGAUGAACGGGACAGGGACUACUUAGACGAGGGUGCAACACCGAAGAUGACGGAUGACGCUGUGUCUGAGAAUACAAUUCCUGAUCGUCCUCACAAUGAUGCAAAUUUGUAUGAUAACAGUUCCGUCUCAAAUAUGCUUCCCUGUUCUAGCAGUUCGCAAAGGUACGAUAGAUUAUCCUCAGAGGUGGAAGAAAUAGUUCCUGAAGUGGUUGAUAUUGAGUCCCUUGAGAAGUUAGUACAGAGGAAAGUAGACAAUGGAAGGAGGUGUCCAAGGGCAGUUCUUCCAAUUCAUAAGGGUAAAUGUAAGAACAGGGAGAGUAAUGAUGUGGAGGAGGAUUCCAUCAUUUGUGCACGGGGAGAAGCUAAGAAGGCUCUCCUUGACGGUGGCAAGAAGAAGGGUGAAAACAAAAAGGGGGAACAUAGCCCAUCCACGCGUGGAAAUAUUCAGCCGAGUCACAAAUCGGAGAAGGGUAUCAAAGUGGACGAAACGUACAUCCCAAUUUGUGUAAUUAAAGAGAAGGCGACGGAAUCAUCAGGAGAAAGUAACGGCACCAAAAUAAAUCUUCACAUGAAAGAUACCAUUGUGGGGAAGAGCAGCAAGUCAUUCGUAGGAGAUAAGCGUUCGAAGGUUGACGCGGGAGAAGCACGCGUAGUGAAGACUCCGAGUAUACAAUUGUCGGGUGAUAAAAUGGAAUAUGCGAAGCGCUCGAGAAUUGAAAAAGGACAAGACAAAAACUCAAAGGCGAAUAAGCUAUGUAAAGACACAACAAAGGAGGAAGUUGCAAAAAAAGGGACAACACAAUUUAGGAGCACCUCAGAAAUGAAAAAACGUUUUGCAGCAAAGAAAAGGGAAGAUACAGUAAUGAACAAGAAGGUGGAAAACAUGUUAGAAAAAACAUGCACAGGAAAAUUAUACAAAAAGGACUCUUUAACUAAACGAAGUGGAACUACCAACGCAAGGAAAAAUCCUCUUGUCAAGGGAAAGGACAAGGAACAAACCGAGAAGGAAAAGAGACGGUCGCGUAGCUGCCUCUGUGAUGUAGAUGGAACGAGCCUGUACGAUGAGUAUAUAGAAAGAAUAAACAAAUUAUAUCUCAGUAUAAAAAAUAAAAAGUACCUGAAUGAUCGUGAAAGUAGGAAGAGUACAUCCAGUGAGGAAAACCAAGCAUCAGCUGCGACGGGUUCACUGCAGAAGGAAAAUAAACAGGGGGACGUCCGCAAUGACGAAUUGGUGGAAGAUAGUUAUGCACAUGAUAACGAAGGUUCUGUCGAAGGGGAGGAAAGCUCCUCCACACUAAUGAAGAGAAAGAACAAAAAUGUAUCCAGUCAUCAGGAUAAGCAAAAGGAGGAAAGGAAGGAGAACGAACCAGUUAAGACGAGGUCUUUCCAUUUGAGCAGUUAUGCUGUCGAGACGGCAAGUAGUACACUGGUGGGGAAGAACAGGAACAAUAUAAUGAAGGCAGAAAAAAAUGCUAUUCCGAGAGGGCAUGGAGACAGACAGCUGGAUGAAAAAUCGUUGGAUGAUAAAUUGGCCAAUAUAGAGAAGGAGGUGUCGGUGAUGGGAAGGGGCAAGGAAAAGAAUCGCUCUUCAUAUAAAAGCAGGAAGGAGAAAUCGUUUCUCGAACUGAAGAGAGAAAUUAUGAAUGAGAACGUUCCUAACAUCAGCGAGAGAGUGACCCCCGAUUUUUUCACCCCUGAAGGGAACGCAUUUAAUUCGAGCAGCACAGAUGGGGAAGAAAAAAGCGUCUGCAUUGACGGUGAAAGGGGGGUUAGCGGUGAGGGCACUGCCCUUGGUGGCGGUAGUAGACAGAAUGAGGGUGACGCGCAGCAGGGUGGGAAGAAGCCUGCAUGGUAUUACGAGAAGAAAAAUACAUUAAGCCCCUCUAAUUCGGAUUUCGCAAGUGAUAAGUGCUUUUACAGGCGAUACAAGCAGAACAGGACAAUACAUUUAGACACCUCCCAGUUGGUGAAGCGGGAUCAGGGGAGUUUUAAGCUGGUCCAGGGUGACACCAUGGAUUCAUACACCGAUGAGCAGAGGGUCGACAGCACAGCGGAUGCAGAGUUUGUACAGUGCUCCGAGUUUUCAGGGAAGACACACCAUGCAGAGCGCAGUGGACCCCGCAAGAUCAUUACGCAUCCAGACGGGGAAAGGAAGUAUGUGCAUAACGAUAAUGUGAAAUACCAGCGGGCGAAGAGCACAAGUAAAGCAGUACAGAAAGGGACAAAGGAAUUAUGCAACCUAGAGUUAAUAUCACAGAUACGACAGAAAAAUAAGGUCAACCUUUUGCAUAAGGUAAAGAAGGAGGUGAAGUGUGCCUCUAAUUUAGGCACAAGGAAAGUUGAGGGGAUGGUUAGUUCGGGAAGCUUGAACAGGAGUUUAUCAGAGGUACGCGUUACCUCUGAAUCGGUUUGUGCGUCUACCUACACGGGACGUAGUGACCUGCUUAAGAAAGGUUCUUCCAAAAUGGUCAAAGGAAGGGAUGUAUCUCAGAACUCGGGAAGCAUUGGUAAAGGGGCCAAUAGUAAGAGCGGAGUUCAAAACCCAAGCAGGGGAAACAAUUCGGUGAGGAAUAAUUCAAUUGAGAAGCAGAACUCGUUGAAAAAGGAAGUCUUGCGGAACGUAGGCAACGGGGUUAAGCCUACAGGAACACCCACGAAGCGCGCACAAGGCAAGAGUGACAGUAGCGUAACAAGCAGUGCUCAAAGGUUGGACAGUAUAAAUAGUAUCUCUUCCAAAAGUGGAGAGAAUAAGAAAAACAUGAUCAAAGUUACAAACAGCAGGCUGAACAGCAGUAGCACUCUGUUGAGCAAAUCGAGGGAAGAUGUAGACUCCAGUGUAGAAAAGAGGAAAAGGCUAUGUGAUGACAAAACGGACAGGGGGGCCAACAAAGGAGUGUCUCCUCGAGGAACUGUAAAAAAUCCUUGCUUGAAGAAACUGACGGAAGGAAAGGUCGGAGGAUUAGCUAGCUGUUAUUUGAAAAAGGGAGAAAACAGUAGUAGAAGGAGGAAUGGAUCAGAAAAUUUAAGCUCAGGGCAGAAGGAUAAAUCGAAGGGAAUAGCACCAAACAGGUUCGUUCAAAAUGGCAAAUUGAGUAGAACCCAACAACAGACCACCAAACUGAUGAAUAGAGAAGCGUCUGAUGUGGAGGCAGCGAAUUUGGUGGAAAAGAUAGAAGAGCAAGGUGGUAGUCUGACCCCGGACAGGACAGAAAACGGAACUUACCCCAUGCACAAUGGUAAGAGGAUGAUAUUAGGAAAUAAUUUACAGAACGCAAAGGUAAAGCAGUACCUGAAGAGCAAAAUAGAAAAGGUUAAGAAGGAGAAUGAGUACGCGUCAUCAUUGGAGGUAAAAACGGAAGAGAGCCUCGGCCGCAGACAGAGGAGCCACACGCAGGAGGAGAGCAGAGAGGAAACCAUUUCCCAUUGUCCCACUGAUCAGUAUGAUUCCUUUGGGCGAUGCACCAAUUGGAGUGCCACUGACGGCAGGAAAUUUUCACUGUGCACGAAUAAUGAGGUGAGAAGGUCCAUAAGUGAAAUACCCUUCAACUGCUGCGUCAAGCAUUAUUUUCAGAGCGAGUCAAAUGUGGGGAUAAAAACGGGAGAGAGCGCACCUAAGGGAACUAGUUCAGGCAGCCAGUACGCAGAGGUUCCAACGUGGAAAAUUGGUAACCUAUGUCAGAGGAAGGAAGAAAGUGGGCACUCUCCAUGUAGAAGCGGAGUAGUAGGGAAAUACAAUUGGACGACUUGCUUAGGUGGUGACCUUUUGCACAUCGAUCGGGUGAGAAGCGAGGCAAAUGAAGGGGAAGCCCAAAAGAAGGAAGAACUUGCUAAGGAUAAUAAGGGGGAACAAUAUGUCGACGGUGCAAUGGUGAACAGAUCAACCAAUAUGAGCAGCAGUAGGAACGUCCAACAACCCGCGGUCGGUGGAGCGAGGAGACAAAAAACGAGCUCACGCAUUUACUCUCACUGUGAUAUCAAUCUGUCCCAUGUGAAGAGUAAGAUAGACACGAACAUUUAUAAAAAGCAAAAGAGUGAAACGGUAAAUGUUAACUCAAGUGAGAGAAGCGGUUCAUAUAUAGAAUCUGAUGAGUGUGGGGGAAAAGGUAGUCGUGUGUUAAAAGGAAAGGAGAACAUGAGUACAUACCAGAGCUCUUCCGCCUUAUCAAUGGGUAACAGGGAAAGAAAAAAGAAAAGUCUGAUGGGUCAUCCAGAAUUAGGCGCAAGGAAUGUAGGCGAGUUGCAGAGGCUCAAUUCGGUCAAGACAGAUACACAUGCUUCUAACUCUAAAAAAAAUUGUAGCGCGAAAGGGGGGGAGCAUCCUUAUCUAAAUGACGGUGGGCCAAUUAAAAAAUCAGACAGUGCAUUGUUUAACACGGACUAUGAGGAAGAGUUGCAAAACAAAUUGUUACUCCUGAAUAAGAGGAGCCUUUGUGGAAGAAUCGAUCACAGAACACAGAGUUAUGCGAAGGAGGGAAUGAACAGUUGUUCCAAGGAAGGAGGAAACCGCUUCAUCUAUGAGGGUGCUACAAAUAAUGAUAGGCAUGGUCAGGGUGGACACUCUUUGCAUAGCGACUCCUACAACCGAAUUGACUCCGUCAAUGGUGGAAGCAGUGAGAGGGACCGAAGCUGCAAUUGGGGUGUUUCGAUGCCCAUAUGUGCAUCUAGCAGUAAUGGAAAGAAUGGCCAGGGAGGGGAAUUCAUGCGGAUGAAGUCCAACUGCAGGGGUGACAUAGAUCCAAGUGAAGUAAAUUGUCUUAAUGGAACAGGGAUGUUAGCAUCUGGGUGGGACAAGUGCCAAAUGGUCAGACACUCCCCUGUAGGGAAAAAGGCAUCAAACAUGUUAUUAACAGAACCGGCGAAGAGAUACUGCAUGCAGAUGGAAAAAAAUGUGAAGGGGAACCAUUAUUCCGGAUCGUUCGAUGAGCACGACAUGAAUGCUAUAGGAGAACACAUCAUGGAAAACACCUCCUUUAAUAAGUUGGGUUCUAUCGUGUUUAGCUCAGAUGCGGAUGAAUGUGUGGAGGGUAGCUUCGCUGGAAAGGGAAAAUGGGUAACUCCCCCACCAAAAGGUAUAGUCGUCACUAGGAAGGAAUCACUUCAAGAGUGGUGUGCUCCCCUUGGGAGAAGUGCGUCCAGAGUGGGAGACAAUUACCCAAAGAAGGAGGCCCCUAAGAGAAAUAUCAGGUGCGGAGAUUGGUCCAUCAUGCAGUGUGUAAAUGUUCGAAGGACAGAUUCAGAAUCUACUGACAUUGCAGAUGUGGAUAGGAAUGUGCCUUGUAGGAGGGGAAGAAACCAAGUGGCUAAAUUGGACCGAGACAAUACACACAUGGACGGUUAUGUGAAGGGACAAAAUAAAGGCAAGAUUAGGGAUGGCACAAAAGGGGGGCAACCCGUGUACAUGUUGAGGGUGCAGAAAAGUGCGCAGGAGGGGGCUGGUAACAGAUUCGAUUUAGGAAAUUGCCUACUGUCGCGUCCUUCCACGCCCACUUCUUUACAUAAGAGGGGGGAAGAAAUCGGAAGGAGUGACCAGCAGGUGAAGGGAGAAGUAAUGAACAAAAAUGGAAGUAUUAUGUAUAGGACAAAACCUGCAUUAUCACAACAGGGUAGCAUUAAAAAGAGCACAUCGAAUUGUGGUUCGGCGACAUUGUUAAACUCAAACGAUAAAAGGAGUUUAACACCCCAAAUGGGUUCUACUAGGGUUGCAAGUAGUGCUAACUGCUUUACGAACAAAGUUGUUGUAGAUGAGAACGAGAGCGGGUGGUACACUGCCAUUUGUGACAAAGGAGGAUUUUUUAAUAAUCCUAAUAAGGGCGCGAAGAGCAAAGAAGGUUUACUGGCCAAGGCGGCUUCCAAUUGUGUCCACAUGGAUGCCAUGAGAAGAAAUAAUAGUGCACAGGUGCUUCCACCUUGUGUAGUGCAUCCGGCCGAUAACAGUGCCUCAGGCUGUUUCCCCUACAACAACUAUGUGCACAAAGAGCAGUUAAGAAGUGGUAAUGGAGAUAGUCCUCCUGGUGGUGUUAAAGGUAUGUACGAACCUGUUCAAUUGAAGAAUAGGUCGAUGGGCACAUGUCAUCAGGGGAACGGAAGCGCCAUGUCGAUUAAACGCAUGGGAAGUAAAACCAGUGUGGAAAAAAAAGGCACAUACGAGAGUUAUGCAAAAGGGGCUGAUGUAGUCAAUUAG